AUGAUAUUUCGAUUUUUCAACUUUGUUUCUAUAAAUUAUGAAAAGGAGGGUGAAGAAACUGAGAAGAUCGUUAAGGAGGAAGCUGGUGUGGAGGUUGAAGAAGCUAGUGGUAGAAUUGAGAUAGAGGUCGGGGAGGAAGCUGGUAUGGAGGUUGGCAAAGAAGCUGGUGGUGGAAUCGAGACAGAGGUCGAGGAGGAAGCUGAUGUAAAGGUCGACGGAUGA